AUGGCAGCUCACCAUCAGUACUACCAGCCCGCCACUCUUCCUCUCAACGUUCCAUCCAAGGCUCCUGCAAUCGCCAACCUCUACCCCAUCUCCCGGGUAGCUGGUUCGCCACCUGAGAUCUCUGACAGCAGCACUGCCGGAGGGAGCCGGACGUCUGGUUUAAGCUUUUCCUCCGGAAGUGCCAGCGGAGAUUACGAGUCCAGUUCCAUGUAUUCCGGAGUCGACGUUGUUGACGUUCUGAGUGACCGCAUGCAGAAUGUUUUUGAUCCAACGCCAUUGGACAGGGGCCUAGCAAUGCAGGCGCAAGCUUCCGGGCAGCUGAACGCAAAGCAAAGAGAACUCAUGGAACUGCAAGCUCUGGCCCAACGACGCUUGAAAGGCGUUCGUGCCAGCUUCAACGAAGGAAUCAAGACCGCAAGAGAGACUAAACGUGAUCUCGAAUGGAGUCAAAACCGUGUGAGUGCUUUAAAGGCCAAGGCUGAGAAAGCGUACCCUGACGAGUACCGACGUGCGACGAAGAAAUACGCGUAUGUCGAUGACUAUUGA